CAGCUCCUGAGCCCACCCGGCUGCUGUGGGCAGGAGGUGCUGCAGCCCCACCCGCCGCUGUGCCUCGGAUAGCACCUGAGCAGGGAAGCGGAGGUCUCCAUCCCCUGGGAAGAUGGCCGGGGCCAGGAUCGACAGCGUGACCAGACACCCCAUCUUCGGCAUCCCCCGCGUCACGGGCCUGGCUCUGGAUGAGGAUGCUAGCUACACCAUCCAGCUGGUGGGUGUGGGGCCCGAGACCAGCGGCUGGAGCCAGGGCGAGCCACAGGCGUGGCCUAGCGACCACCAGGCCCAGCUGCAGGACACGGGCAGGAGAGGGGCGUCCUAUGGCCUGCGGGCCUUCCCCGGCCAGCCUUCCCCACGGCCCCUCUACCUGGAGGAGGAGGAGGAGCUGAGGGCCUACCACCUGGAGGCCAGGGGUGCCCGGCCCUGGCAGCUUCGGGACUUGGAGCAGGAGCCCUGGGCGGUGGUCCAGGACCAGGCGGUCAGAAGGAGCGGCACAGUGGCCACGCUCCGAGGCGCCCCGGACCACGGGGACUCCAGGCCCCCCGGCCAGCCUCCGACGGCCCGGCAGGAGGACAGCUCCGUGGACAGGGAGCAGAUUGACUUCCUAGCAGCCAGAGAGCAGUUCCUGAACCUGGAGCAGGCAAACGCGGGGGUCCCGCGUACCCCCCUGCCCAGGGUCAGCGCGGCCCCCAAGGCCCUGAAUGGGCCCCUCCUGGCCAACGGGUAUGUCCCCAGCCAGCCCCUUGCCAAGGAGGUGGUCCGAGAAGACCAGAGCAUCCGUGGUUUGUCCAGCAGACCCCAGGCCCGAGGCCCCGGCGGCCCCGGCCCCGGGUCCCUCGAGGAGUCACCAGAGCCUCCCAAGGAGACGCCCAUUGAGCGCGAGAUCCGCCUGGCGCAGGAGCGGGAGGCGGCCCUGCGCGCGCAGAGGGGGCUGCGGCCGACGGGCGGCCCGCAGGAGCUGGUGCAAGUCCCCUCCCGCCCACUGCUGACCAGCGUGAGCCUGAGCGAGGCCCCGCGGCGGGACCGGGGGCGCCCCUCGCUCUACGUCCAGCGGGACCUGGUGCAGGAGACACAGCGUGAGGAGGAUCACCGGCGCCAGGGCCUGCAGGCCGGCCGGGCGGCCACCCCGGACGGGCGGGGCGCGGACCACCGGGCCGAACUGCGGCGGGUCCUCAGCUCCGACGCCAUCCUCAGCCCCACCCCGGACGCCCGCGCGGCCGACCCCCCGCCGGAGGUGCGGAGGGUGAACCGCAUCCCGCCCGACGCCUACCAGCCCUACCUGAACUCCGGGGGCCCCCCGCUGGAGUUUUCCGCCUUCGGGGUGCCGCGCAAGCCUUCCGGCCGCUCCUCGCAGGAGGCCAAGGCUGUGGCCCCAUCCGUGACGCCGCCGGGCCCUCGGGCGCAGCGCACGGAACCGCUCGGACAACCCGGGCCCGCCCCCGGGACCGCCGUGCGCUCCGAGUACUUCCUCCUGCGUCCGCUGCGGUUUCGGGCGCCCGAGGAGCCCCCCGCGUGGGGCCGGGAGGCCGAGACGCCCCCGGCCUGGCGGCUGCAGCGGUCCCAGUCGUCGGAGCUGCUGGACCGCGAGGUGGAGAGCGUCCUGCGCCGCGAGCGCGAGAUAGAGCAGGAGCGGAGCAGAGCGCGCACCCUGGCAGGCCGCUCCCCGCCGCCCGACGAGCGCUGGGACCCAGGCUCCAGGAGCUCCUCCUGGGCGUCCGGCAUCACCGGGAGCUACUCAGUGUCGGAGUCGCCCACAGUCUCCCCCGUCCACCUGCACUCGGAACUGGUGUGGACGGCCGAAGCGCCCGGGGACCAGGCUCCUCGGCAGAGAAGGAAGAAGAAGGAGUGGUACGCAGGCAUCAACCCUUCAGACGGCGUCAACUCCGAGGUGCUGGGAGCCACGCGGGUGACCCGCCACAAGAACGCCCUGGCGGAGCGCUGGGAAGCCGGCAUCUACGCCAGCGGGGACGAGGACUGA